AUGGAGCCAUCUGUUCCAGCUUUCUCUGGACCUUUAAUCCACGAUUUCCCCCAGUCGCUGUCUCCAGGUUCCAUUAUCCCAAGAAUCCCCGGGCCUCCUCCAUCACCUCAAAAAUCACCAUCGACACUUUCAGCUCCAACUACUCCUCGAUAUGGUGAACCGUACUCUCCAUUAACACCGAAAUUUCCAGAAGCCCCAGUUAUUCCAAAAAUACCUGGUCCUCCUCCAUCUCCUAAAGUUUCCAGACCGUCGACUCCUAAAGCAAAAGAACCACCUUCCCCAAAAUUUUCUGAAGCUUCUAUAAUUCCAAAGAUUCCAGGCCCACCUGUUUCACCCAAACACUCCCGUCCGACUACUCCAAAACAGAACGAAGGGAUACUGGUGGACACUUCUAAACCUUCAGUACUGCAGCUGUCACAGAGUCAUUCUCGCCCAGCAUCACCACUCUUGAACGAGUUGUCUACGAAAGAAAUAACAAAGAGUCCUAAAUUAAGAGAUCCACCAGCUUCACCGAGAUCACCACAAAGAAGCGUGAAAAAGCCACCGGAUGAAUCAGUGCCAAUUGAUGAAGAACUCAACAUAGCCAUUCCGCCUACAGUAGCUGAGCAUCCGCAGCCACCAAAUCAGCUGUCUGUCGUAUGUGACAUAUAUGAGUCACCCAAGAGUUCUCCAGUUCGUAAGCCUUCAGUGAAACGACCACUCCAGCGGUGUUUGACUCUUCCGACAAAAGAGCGCGAUGACUCAGAGUCGCUCCUAGCAACAAUGCCAGAAAAAAUUGUAGAAGAUCCUGGUAAGAUACCAGAAAGUGAGUCCUUCGACCAAGAGGAGAACAGAGACACAGUUGCUGAUGGUUGUCUGCCUACACGACCGACCCUGUUCGACCUGCGACCGCGACCGAAGUUAAAGACCCAAUGGUCGAUGGACGACAGCCGGUCAAACAGAGUACCUGCAGGCGUCCCCUCAAUGAAGCCAGCGGAGAAGCGCAGGCGAUUUUUCAUGCGUAAGCAGACCAACUCUGCUCCUGACUCUUUCGAGGGUCCCGGCCAUCUCAGUAUUAAACCGAAAGAGCAUCACUCAGUCAGCUUCUGUUUGGGCAGCGUGAGGAAGUGUAGAGGAUCUGACAGCUCCAUACAGCCGCCUACACUUCCAACAAUAAGUAAGUACGCUUUCAGUCUCUAUACGAUAUUAAUACUGCGUUUGUCCAGGCUGUACCUGCUUCAUGUUCCCUUCCUGAAGAUUUGA